UGUCUGUCCCCCUUCCGGUUUGUCCGGUUACUGCGGCGGAUGUUGAUGUUUUGUCUCGGAGCCUGUGGACGAUGUGAACCGGAUCGUGUCCGGGACGCUUCAUCUACAUUCACCCGCCUCUGUGUUCGUCCUCGCGGCUCCUCGUCGGUCUCCUUUCCCCGGUAAACGUCCCGCUGUCCGUCGGCACCGUGUCUCUCCCGGUGUCUCUCCCGGGAAGCGCGAGGCCGAGCCGCGCGAUGAUGGAAGACUUUGACGAGAUCUACGAGGAGGAGGAGGAGGAGGAGGAGGACGAGGAGCGGGCCGCGGAGGAGCAGCAGCUCCUCAAGUACGCUCCGGACCCGGUGGUGGUGCGAGGGUCCGGCCACGUCACUGUGUUCGGGCUUAGUAACAAAUUCGAGUCAGAGUUUCCUUCAGCACUCACGGGAAAGGUGGCUCCGGAGGAAUUCAAAGCCAGUAUCAACCGCGUGAACAGCUGCCUGAGGAAGACGCUGCCGGUGAACGUGCGGUGGCUCCUGUGCGGCUGCCUCUGCUGCUGCUGCACGUUGGGCUUCAGUUUGUGGCCCGUCAUCUGUCUCAGCAAGAGGACAAGAAGAUCUAUAGAGAAACUUCUGGAGUGGGAGAACAGCAGACUGUACCACAAGUUGUGUUUGCAUUGGAGACUAAGCAAGAGGAAGUGUGAAACCAACAACAUGAUGGAAUAUGUAAUCCUAAUAGAGUUCUUACCUAAGAUCCCCAUCUUCAGACCGGACUAGCCCGACUGCGGCUGAUCUUGAAACCUUCACUGCUGCAUCACAAUGGCUGUCAAGCUCCUAAGAAGAAAAUAAAACAAAAAAAACCCCACAACGUACCCUUCCCGAAAUACUCCUGAUAUUUUUGUUUACAGGGUAG